AUGCCUGAACUCGGUGAAAAACGCAAAAGAACUUUUGGAGUAGUCCACAAGUAUGGGACGAAAAAGCUUACACACACGACCCCUUUGAUCGGACGUAAUGCUUCGAAUUCGCGGGCUCAGAUUAUACCAUCUGACACCAACGAAAAUGAAUGGGCCAAUGUCGUUGAAAGUCCUUUCGUCAUGCGUAAAAGGAAGAGAACCGACGAACGUGCUAAGAAAUGGGCCGAGCUCUUACCUUUUCUCACUGAGGCGUAUAUCCAAGGCUAUGGUGUCCAGGUCCCAGUACCUCAGUCACUUAAGGCCACCGACGACGUAUUCUUGACGUGCGCGUGCAAAGAGAAGAAGUCGACCUACGUCACGACUGUUUACAAGUGUGGUAUGAAUAGAAGCAGAGAUAGAAGAUAA